CCGUUCUGACAAUGAUGGGGGAAAUUUAGUAACGUUACUAUAUCGUUACUAUUUCGCUAUUUUACCUGCAAUCGACGGCUUUUGGCAACCUGCCUGAUUCAUCCUACAUGCCAAGCAGCGCGCAACACCAAUGUCCAAUCCCUCGGAAACCGAAGUUCGUAUUAACGUGGCUUGCGCCUCGACCUGGUAGUUGUCGGUUCAUGACAUGUCAGAAGCGUGUAAUCCUGGCGAACCUCGGCUCACCUGAAGCUACCCCGGACUCCACUUCUCCUCUCCAUAUACCGAGCGCAACACCAUCAUGUAGUCCACACGUAGCAGAGCCCCGUCGCUCAAGUCUUCCACUCUAUCUUCGGCUCGCCUCGACAACAUCGCCAUGUCUUCCACAGCUUUCGUCCCGUUUUCGGAACCGCCCUACAUCGUCGGCCUACCAUCCCCAUACUACAAGGAGACGCAUCUGAGAUGGCAGAAAGCGUGUCGCAGAUUUGUGGAUGAGCAUCUCCUAGAGAAUUCCCUAGCAUGGGACACGGAAGAGACUGUGCCUGAGCAUGUCUUUGAGACGUUCGCGAAAGCAGGCAUGCUGCUUCCGACGCUACCGGCUCCGUUGCCAGUGGAAUGGUUGAAGAAGCUUGGAAUCCAUGACAUCCUUGGCGUUGUGAAGGUCGAGGAAUGGGAUUACAUUCACACCAUGAUCUAUGCCGAUGAGAUGGCGCGGACUGGCCUCGCGGGACCGGCUGGGUCUCUCACAACAGGCAUGUCUUUCGGUGUACCGCCUAUCAUCAAAUACGGCAGCAAGCAGCUCCAAGAGCGCUACCUUCCCGAACUCCUCACCGGCAAGAAGCGAACUUGCAUCGCCAUUACCGAGCCCGAAGCCGGAUCAGACGUCGCAAACAUCACAACGACCGCUACGAAGACACCCGAUGGAAAACACUACAUUGUCAACGGAACUAAGAAGUGGAUCACAAACGGAAUUUGGUCAAGUUACUCUUCGAUGGCCGUCAGGACUGGUGGCCCUGGACCCACAGGUCUGUCCAUGUUGGUCGUGCCGUUGAAAGGAAACCCGGGAGUCAACAUGCGCCGACUGAAGGUUGGCGGUCAAGUCAGUGCAGGAACGACCUUCAUAGAACUUGACGAUGUCAAAGUACCAGUUGAGAAUCUCAUUGGAGAAGAGGGUAUGGGCAUGAAGUACAUCAUGACCAACUUCAACCACGAACGGCUCAGCAUUGCCAUUGGCGCAACCCGUCAAGCGCGUGUCGCCCUCUCCGCCGCCAUGGAAUACGUCCUCAAACGCGAAGCCUUCGGCAAGCCACUCGUUGAACAGCCCGUCGUGCGCCACCGCCUAGCGAAAGCUGGUGCUCUACUAGAGUCACAAUGGGCAUGGGUCGAGCAAUUCGUAUACCAAAUGGUACACCUACCGAAGGCGUCAGCAGACAUCGAGUUGGGCGGCCUGACCGCCAUGGUCAAAGCACAAAGUGGCAUCGUGCUGAACGAAUGCGCUCAAACGGCGCAACUGCUUUUUGGCGGAAAUGGAUACACAAAGAGUGGACAAGGAGAGUUGAUCGAGAGAAUAUACCGCGAGGUCCCGGGUAUAAGGAUACCAGGUGGUGCGGAAGAUGUAAUGCUGGAUUUGGGUGUGAGACAGCUUGUUAAGAAUUUCAAGAGUAAGACUAAGGCGAUGGAGAGACCGAAGGGAUCGUCGAAGCUGUAGACGUCGUGAACAUUAGAAGCAUUAAGAAUUAGACAACAAUCUAACAUUCUUUUCAA